UCAUCAUUGUAUAUCACGGCAUUGCAGGACGGAUUGGGCGUUAAUUGAGUAGGAUCCUUGGUGAUUUCAUUCAGCCAAGGUAGCGUCGUUGUCGUACCUACCCAGGUAUCUGUCUACCUAGUUUUAUACUAGGAAUUUUUAGUUUGUUGUAUUAUGCGACGAACUGCUAGAAUUCCGUCUUAUCCUGCUCAGUCAGGGGUGGGAUUCGGAACUCGGCGACUUUCCGAUGGAGCCGGAGCCUCAAUUAGGCCGGGAGUGGGGUGUCAGAAACCUCUGUUUCCCUAGCUCAGACUAUCUUGGAGCUAACGCAAGGGGCGACCCGAUGUGCCGACCUCCCUCGGUGGUCCACGGUGGCCAAGUCCAUGUGGUAGUGGUGUCGCAACCAUCUGGCGGUGGUAUACCUGCACGGGGGGAGCCGCAGAGACCAUCCUAUCCCUUUCUUGGGUUUUGGUGAGGGGAGAAGGGGCCAGCCAGUGCGAGCUGUGCGUGCCUUGACCUCCAUCUCUCAGACGCCGUGUCGGGGCCGGCGUUAACAGAUUGCCCGUCGCCCACGCGUCGUUUCGGGUCCGUUAAAAUAGGGGAGAAAAAAAAAAAAGAGGCAAAGGAGCCUAUGCGCUGGGAACGGACUAGGUAGGGGGAGGAAACGUGUUGUUUUGUAAUCCACCCCGGCGUUCAAUCCCGUUCAACCAAGUUCUGCUAUUUUCUACCCUGUUUUCCCACCUCGGGACGGGUACCAGGUACCGUUUUCGGUCAGCCGUAGUCAGUACCAACCAGCCUUUUUCUUAUCCGGAAUCUCGGCCGCAUUUUUGUUAGCCGGCGAUUCAUACAAAUAACAGAUUGUCACCGUCACCCACCACCUUUGUUUGAGUAAGUACAGUCUCACCCUUCUUUUUGCUCGCUCGGACUCCUUUCAAAUUCGAAAAUAACAAGACACAACACUCAAUCACCAAAAACAUCACCGCAGUCCCUCCCACCCCACCACCGCAAACAUGUCGGGAAGCAUCGUCAGCCUCAACCUGCCGGCCGAGUACGGCUACGUGCUCAUGGUCGCGUCCUCGUCCUUCUUCCUCAGCUUCAUCCACGGCUUGUUCACCGUCAGCGCCCGCAAGAAGUCGGGCCUCGCGUACCCCGUCUCGUACGCCGACAAGGCCCUCGCCGACAAGGACCCCAACGCGUAUGCGUUCAACUGCGCCCAGCGCGCCCACGCAAACUUUACCGAGAACCACACCUCCUUCCUCGGCGCCCUCCUCAUUUCGGGGCUGAGGACUCCCCUCGCCAGCGCCUCUCUCGGUGCCGCCUGGGUCUUCUCCCGCCUGCUCUACGCCAAGAUGUACAGCGCCGGCGGCCCCAAGGCACGCACAACCGGCAUCUUGGGCCACUACCUCACCGCCUACCCUCUCAUCGUCAUGGCUGGCUACACCGGCUGGGCCAUGACCAGGUAAUCAUUUCAUGGUGUUGUGUGAUGUGCCGGUGAUGGGAGGGACAAGGAGGAGAACGGCCGCUGUACCAGUACGCUAGACUAGAAACUCCCAUUAAAAUGACGAAAACAUAUUUCAGUGCUGCAA